AUGUCCGACUCGGCCUCCACCGACGAUGGAGGCAUUCCCGACCGUGGUCCCGCCGUCUUUGCGGUCACGACGGCCACUCUCGUCCUCGCUACCGUCUUUGUCGUCGCACGAAUUAUCUCACGCACCUUCAUUGUUAGAAACGUUACCUGGGAUGACCGCGUCAUGAUCCUCGCAUGGCUAUUCGCCUUCUUCCUAUCCUUCACCAUCUGCUUCGGCGUUCACAAUGGCCUCGGACGACACGACGAAAACAUCGACCCCCAACGAUUACCCGCUCUCCGUCGUUGCGAAUAUGUCUUCUCCAUCUUAUACAAUCCCGCAUUGAUGGCUACCAAGACCUCUGUGCUUAUAUUCUACCUGCGAUUGGCCAAGCACACCCAAAGAGUACUUCGAUUUGCUUCUUGGUUGACCCUGGCCGUUGUCAACAUUGCUGGUGUUAUACUCACUUUUAUGAAUGUGUUUCAAUGUCGCCCGACCCAAGCCGCCUGGGAUGUAAAAUAUGACGACCGCCCGAGUGCGAAAUGCAUCCCUUUACUGACCGAGUUUAUCUGCUCCUCUCCCGUUAACAUCGUUACGGACCUGGCUAUUCUCGCUCUCCCUAUACCCGUCCUGACCGGCAUGCGCCUACCUUCUCGCCAAAAGACGAUUCUGGUCCUGACCUUUACCGUUGGUAUUUUUGUGACGGUUGUCGAUGUAGUAAGGAUUUACUACCUGCAACAAGCCAUUACGGCACCCACCAGCACAUCCUCCGAUCCUCAAUCGCGUUUUGGUGGACAAACUGAUUUUGCAUGGAACGCGUCGAGAUCACUCAUGUGGAGCGCCGUUGAAGUCAACGUCGGAAUGAUGUGCGCUUGCGUGCCAACGUUGAAGCCUCUGGUCCUCAAGCUUCUUCCAGCUAUGCUUUACGACCCCGAUGGAACCAGAGCCAGUACACCCAAGGGACCAAAUGACUCGGAUUCACCCUCGACGGGCCAUCGCGCCAGUAUUCAGCAACCACCUCCCGUCGCGCAACCCAAUGCGCAAGCUCCUCUCAAUGCCAACGCUCCUAUGAGCGCUAUGGAGUUUCUAACAACGCCGUUCGAUGAGCCAGCCCCACCUCGUCCUGCGCAACGUGCUGCUCAGAGCAACGGGACAUAUCAGACAUCGACAACCAUGACAUCUUCUACUGGAACUGUCGAGGGCGUCUACUUCGGCUUUGUGAACAUGACGAAACCCAAAAGUAUGCUCAAAUGCAACAAGAAGGAGUCUUUCAAGUACUGUACGAUUGUCUCUAUCUUGUUUUUGCUCUGGGGCAUAUCCUAUGGUUUGCUCAAUACGUUGAACAACGUCAUUGCAACCGUUGACAACAUGACCACCCCCGAAACACUUGGCAUGACGUCCGUUUACUUUGGAGGCGGUUACUUUUUCGGACCCCUGCUAGUGGGUGAAUGGAUCCUACGGCGCGACGAGCACAACCGAUCGAAACGCCACAAGGGUAACGGCCACGACAGCGUUGGUGGUUUCAAAGUUACUUUUAUCGUGGGACUUUGCUUCUACGGCAUUGGAACCGUCAUCUUCUGGCCCUCGGCGGUCACCCAAUCAUAUGCAGGUUUCAUGCUUAGCAACUUUGUUGUUGGCUUUGGUCUCUCAAUCCUAGAAGUCGGCGCAAAUGCGUUUUUGAUACUCUGCGGACCCCCCGAGUAUGGAGAAACCCGCGUACUCAUGGCCCAGGGCGUCCAGGGUAUCGGCAGUGUCCUCAGUGGUCUUCUAGCUCAAAAAGUCUUUUUCAAGGGCAUCGUUGAGCAAAACAAUGCAUCCAGCAUGACUCUCAUCAACGUUCAAUGGACUUAUUUGGGAAUCACGCUGCUUUGCGUUGCUCUAGGUCUCUUCUUUUACUACAUGCCUCUUCCGGAGGUCAGCGAUCGUGAGUUGGAGCAAUCCGCCACGCAUCUUCCCAUGGAUCCCCAGAAGAAGAGAAGCGGCCUGCAACUACGCACGUGGAGCCUAAUCUUGGCUGUUCUUGCGCAAUACACCUACGUUGCUGCCCAGGAGUGUUCUAGCAUCUAUUUCCGGAGUCUGAUGAUCUCUAUCCUUCCCAAUCAGCCCAACACCGGCGAGGAAGCCGCACAAGGCGCUAGCGACAUUCCCAAUACCGACAAGCCACCCGGAAUCAGCCUCUCCAUACCCGACUACCUUCUUAUUGCGCAUACCGCCUUUACAGUAUCUCGUUUCAUGGCAGCAGGCCUCACAUAUCUUUCUGUAUACCGCUCCCGCUUUCCCCGGCCUCGCACCAUUCUCACCGCCUGCAUCGCUGGGUGUUUCCUCUUCGCACUUCUUCCUGUGGUUGUCCGUCCACCCAACCCUAACCUUCUUAUUAUCCCGAUUGUCCUCUUCUACUUCUUCGAGGGACCCAUAUACCCCCUGGUUUUCGCUAUCGGUCUUCGCGGCCAGGGUCGACGCACCAAGCGUGCUGCUGCUUUCAUCACCAUGGGUAGCUCCGGUCCGGGGUUCUUCCCCUUUGUCAUGUAUGGCAUCAUCAAGCAUGGAGGGACUGUCAAAACGGCUUUCAUUGUGGUCGUCGUCCUUCAGGCCGUUGCGAUGUCAUACUCAAUCUUCCUCCAGUCCGUCCGCGACGUGAAGCGAAUGGUAGAUCCUUGCCCUGCCGUACGAGAUGCUCUCGGACAGCCUGACGAAGAGAUGCCAUCGCCCAUGGAGACAGCAAUGGCGGACCGGGCACGUCGACGCAGUACAAUCAGGGCCAAAUCUCCAGGAAUCUUUGGAAAGGUCUCCCAAAGCACCAGAGUCAUAGGUGCCAAGUUUCUCAGCUCUCGACGUCGCUCUUCACAGCCGUCGAUACAACAAUGCGAGGACAGUCGCGACAACGUACCACUUUAA